UCAAUUCUUAUCAACGUGAUUCCCUUCACCUCACCGAUUGCUACUCAGUUGCAACUGGAAAAGUUGCACGAGUUGGAUCGAACCACCAAACCCAGUGCAACUGUCUCCGGCACGCUCACAUUGGAUUUACCCCUGGCCGAACCGAUUCAGUUGGCAGUUAAUCUGACCUAUCAGGAUGUGAAGCGGUGUUUGACUGCUUUGCGAACAAAAUCUGCCGGGCAAUGGAAUGGUCUGGACACGAGCUCUAGUAGUAGUAACCUUGUGGAUAUGACCAAUGGUCACAAGGGAACCAACGGACUAGAGAGUUCACUGGAUAUGGGCGCUCUGCACAAAAAAGCCGACUCUCCAAUAUUAGAUACGAAUUCCAAAGUGCGACGUCAGUGUGACGAUUCACCUGCGGCGAGCAAUAGUAGUGGAGAGGAAUUGAACAAACGUAGCCAAGAGGAGCUUCAGGCUGCUCGGACCAUUUUAUUUCUCGCUCAUUCCGGUGAACCACGCGACCAAACCCCAGAAUAUCCCGCCAGUUCCGAUACGGAACCCAGUACCUGUGAUAUGGACAAACCUUUCUCGGUUUUCCAUCAGUCCCACGACUCACAAUGCGAUAAUCCGCAUCAAACAAAUGAACAUCUCGAUCCGGAGACGGACAAGCUUUUCCACGUGGUUACCGAGCCGGUUGCAACGGUCACCAACGUGUCAACACAUCCUUCGGGUGUUGUCACCACUACAGAAUCCGAAUCAGUGCACCCUCCAUCAUCCACAUCGUGUUCCUCUCCUCCACUGACUGCGGUUUCCAAUGCCGAUACCGGAACAAGCUCUGUUUUGACUCCCAUCAUAACCACGUCUGGAUCACAGACUCAUGAGCAACGUUUUCAGACCGGUCGAUCGGGUCCAAGUGCAAUUCGACCUCCCCCAAAGAAACGAUUAUCUGUGAACUAUCAAGGAUCCACGCAAAAUCAAAAGAUGAUGGAAACACUGAUAACCAAGCAACCUAUCUUAGCCACUACAACUUCUCCACUCAAACCGGCAUGUGUCUCACUUGCAUCCUCGGUGGUGUCGAGUUACGUCACUGUGGUACCAGUCACACCAAGUCUUUCAACACACUGCGGGCUGGAUCCGGUUCCAAACAAAACAGCACUGGAUUCGGGAACCAGUCACGCCGGAUUCUGGAGUCCCAUUCAAGUUGCCAACUUAUGCAUGCGUCCACCAUCUACGGUGGUUGUGCCGUUAGCCCCUUCAGGAACGGUAUCGUCUCUUGGUCAGAAUUUCACGACAACGACUGUUCACUCAACGGUGAUAAAUACUCCCCAUCAUCAAUCCUCCAGUUCCAUGACGCCAACCCCUCCAGGUGUUUUCAUUCUUCCACAGCUCAUGGUUCUCCCCCGUUUCGUCGGUCCUUGUGUACCCAUGGUCUCCAAUCAACCGGUCGUUUCUCCAUCCUGUUUGGUCGUCCAGCCAGAAGUUACACAACCUGUAAGACUAGGCCUGAACGUGAGCACAGUAACUGACUCGAUUAUAACUCCGAUUCCGGCCACAAGUCAAGUCGAUGCAAUCACACCAAGACCCCUGAAGGCGAUUGCCCCAGCGGUUAGUUUGCCAGCAGAACAGAUUUCCUGCCAGACUGUUACCACUACUUCUACUACUACUACCUCCGAAAUUUCUGCAGUACCGACAGACAAGUCGGUCGAAACGGUGCGGGAUAGGGAUCGGGAAAGUGUCAAUCACGCAAGUAAACAAAACUCUUCACUGCCUGUCACUGUGCUGGAAUNAUCUAUCCCGGUCGAAUGUCGUCAGUCCCCUGUUGAGCCAUUAUUUUCUCCACCGCCGAUCACAUCGGAUACAACUGCUGCGAGUUCGGUCAAUAUCAUGACAGUUACCACUGUUUCCAGUUCACCCAACGCAAUGAAAACAACAACAACUACAGCAGGAGCAACAACAACAACAACUAUGUCAACGGCUGCGAGAACAACGACAACAGCAAUAACAACUGUCCCCACGGCAUUACCGACCACAUGUAUGGGUAUCGCAACAGCAAUCCGAGUGACUGAUCCAAAUUUGUUCGCCGUGAAGAAGACCUCCUCAAAGUGUGCAACACAGAUUAUCACUCCAGUUGGUAUUGUCAAUUCCUCAAGUAGCACAAUUUGCAACACAACAGCAUCAAUAACCACGGCACCUAUACCAAGCAUCACCGUGGCGACAACGGCAUCCGAUUCAAUCACCAUCAUGCCAGGGGAAAAUUCCGUUCCAAAGGCCUCGAUCCAGGAUUCUCUUGUCACGUCUACAUGCGAACUUCCCUCCGCGAGUACAACCGUUCAGACGAACGCCGCUCCGACGAGUAUCUGUCCUGGAGUACUGAACACCAACGGGAACAACACUAAUCGUAACAAACCUAUCAAACCUAUGCUCCCGUACCGACCGUUGCUAUCCAAAACAGGGUCGUUGCAACGUGCUACGGAGACGCAUACUCGUGUUAGCACUGCCAGCGUGCCUUUCUCAUCUCGUCUGGUCGCUAACCGGAACAAGUAUCGCUGUUGCGAAUGCGGUAUGAUGUGUCACAAACCUUGUCUACUACGGAAACACUAUCGAACGCAUUCCAAUGUUCGGCCUUAUAUGUGUCAACACUGUGAUGUCUCGUUCAAGACGCGGGGUAAUUUGAGCAAGCACAUGAAGUCACGUGUUCAUCGAAAUAGAUGCAUCCAGGAGCUUGGUUUUGUUCAAGCACCGGUUGUUGUCGACGACGCGACUCAGGUUGAUCGUCAAGCCUUGGAACGUCAACGCCUGAUGGUCAUGCGUAAAGAUCACCAUCAUCAUCACCAUCACCACCACCAUCACCAUCUUCAUGCGGCGAAACGUGAGAUUCGAGAAACCCGAUUUCGUGCAAUCCGUGCCAAUCCUGCCACAUCCGGUCCACAAACUACUCCCACAAUCUCCUCUAAAAUCCCCACUUCGACACCCAGCACAGUUGCUUCCGGCCUGGAUGGUGAUACACAAACAGCCUCCCCGAUGACAAACGUAUUGCGCAAAUCCACUGUGGGCCGACGAAAGAAAGUGACCAAACAAUAUGGAUCGGGGUCGGGAAUGGGUAGAUUGGUCAAUCUACAGCCCCGACCGAUUGGAUCGAUUAUCGAUCCGGUUCAUCGAAUGCCUGCACCUAAUGUUAACGCGGUCCAUUUACUACAGGAUUUCCCACUCAAUCUGAGCGUGCGACCAACUCACCCAACGGUGUUGCUUCGCUACGCGACAGAUCCUGCGACCGUAUCAAAACCCUUGGUCUUAUCCCCGGUCUCUUCCACUUGCACUCCGGUCACUUCUUCGACUCUUGGCACAACAAUGGUCUCAUCCGGAUCCAACCUCGGACAGCAGUGGCCUGCCAUGCCGUUGGAGGUGAUCCCUGGUCAAUUAGGCCCAAGGGCUGUGGUCAGUGCGGAGGCCAUGAUCCAAACAGCAAUAGCUGCAGCUCGGAAUCUCAGUGCCGACCGAGUCAGCUCACCACCAGGAGAUUCUAAACAAAAAGCGGAUGAGCCAAGCUGGAGAGAGUUUCACACGGAUCGUUCGAACUCAAAAUUUCCAAAUGGCACCAGCCCAGUUGCCAUACAAUCCAAAGAAUCCUCAACGUCGCAUACUACUCCUGGACUAUUGGCCAGUGCUGGACUGAUGAGCCCUGUGAAAGAGACUCGUUCACACUGUCCAGUACCUGGGUUUAUCAGCAGUCCGAUUGACUCGCAUACAAAUAGCUUUGGUGACGAGCGACAGUCCGCACACGUGUCUGGCCCGAAUGAACCGAGUUCCUUUGUGGAUUUAGAUAAGAUCAACUCAAAGAGAGACUUCCUUCAUCAGGACAAGACCCAGUUGGUCUCCCCUAGAGAUCGUGCAUCUUUGACAGUCCCUCCGACAACGUCAUCUGGGAGCGCUGUUCUCUGUGGAUUACCUGUGGUAGCCAAAAAAACAGUGGAAAAUCAGCCGUUACGUUCCGGUUCCGUGGAUCGAUCGAGACAGUACGAUCCACGACCAUACAAAUGUUCCGUGUGUAGUAUUGGGUUUCGUGUCAUGGGUCAUUUGCACAAACACUACCGGGCUAAAUCUCAUUUGGUUAUGGUACUUCAAUCGCAACAUUUGCCAGCCGAAUCCAUUGAAUGUGUGCGUCAGAGUCGAGUAAGUACGAGCCAGAUUGUCAAUCCGGAAAAUGGGCAACUCCGACCUCGCGCGAUUGAACGCAUCAUGACCAUGUUCCGUCAGAGUCACAAUACAUCCAUCCCGUCCUCUAAUGUUUCUUCAAAUCAGACCUCCUCCUCCCACAGCCCGACUGUUACAUCAGAAUCCCGUUGA